UCGGUCACACUCGCCCGUUUUCGUUAUCAACAUUUAGAACUCUUCGCCUCUUUUGCCUUGUUUUAAAUUAAUUUUGUGGGCUUUGCUCCCAAUACCGGUGACAUCUACAGGCCAUGCCCGAUGAGACGCAGGAUGCCAAGGCGCAGAAGUUGGCCGCAGCGAGAAGAAAGCUGAAGGAGUACCAGCAGCGCAACAACAACAACAAUGGUCAGACGGGAGGAGCAGCGGCAGAGGAAGCGGUGUCACACUCGCAUUCCUCCACCGUCAGCAUAGCAAGCAACUUGUCCGAGCGCUCCGACAGCGAACUAAAUGUGAAUGGCAGCGGCGGGGGAGCCGGUAGCGGAGGCUAUCAACAGCCGGAUCCGCCCACAGUCCUGCCCACAGCGGCAUCUUUUUUCACCCAGAGCGAGUCGAAUUCACCGCACAAUGGCGGCCUUAUAGCCGCUGCUGACCCCUCCAACCUGCAGGCCAUUCAGGUAAUCAUUGCGGAGAAGGCCCAGCUAAAUGCGGAGCUAACAAAAGUUCGUCUGGCCUGUCGCGAGCGUGACCUGGAGCUGGAGGAGCUGCGCACCCUAAAGGAGCAGACCCAGCAGCGCCUGGAGCAGAUGCAGCAGCACUGCCAGGAUCAGCAGUCUGCCGUUGAGCAGCAGCGCCAACAGUACGGUCAGCUGGAAGGCCAACUGCAGCAGUCACAGGCACAAAUCCGGGAUCAGCAGUCCCAUCUCCACGAACUCGAGGCCCAGCUGAAGCAGGGCAACCAGCGACAGGACGAACUGCAGCAGCAGUUGUCCACGAAAUCGAAUGAGCUGGAAAUGGCCCAACUAAAGCUGCGCCAGCUCUCUGACGAGUCGAGCAUCAGUGCCGACAACCGUGUAGAGACGCUGGUUCAGACACAAUACAUGUAUGAACAGCAGAUCCGCGACCUCCAGGCUAUGGUGGGUCAGCUGACGCAGGACAAAGAGCAGGCGGGUGCCCAGUACCAGAACUAUGUGCAGCACCAAAGCGGUGAGAUAGCCAAACUCAAUGAGCGCAACACAGAGCUCUCAGAGGAGCUCAACGCUCUGAGAGAGCGUGAGCGUCAGUUGGUGGAGCAUGUGAGCGGCCUGGAGCGGGAUAUACAGAAGAACCUAAGCCUACAAGCGCAGUUCAAAGAGGCCGUCAGUCAAGAGCAGCCAUCGCCCAAGGAGGAGGAGCCCAGUGCUGAGGAGGUCGCUUUGCAGGCUGAACUAGCUUCAUUAAAGGAACGUCUCUCCGACCUCGAUUUUGAGCGCCAUGAAUUCCAGCUAAAGAUAAAGUCGCAGGACGACCAGCUUCAACUGAAGGAGUCCGCUUUGUCUGAACUAGAGCAGCAGCUCGAACGUCUGCAGGCCGUGCAACCGGAUCAGACCAAGCUUCUGGCCACCAUGGAGUCCGACAAGGUGGCCGCCUCUCGUGCCCUCAGCCAGAACGUAGAGAUGAAACAGCAGCUGGACGAGCUGCAGCAGCGAUUCGUUCAGCUGACUAAUGACAAGGCCGAACUGGUCAUCCGUCUGGAUUCCGAGGAGUUUGCGAAUCGCGAGAUACGCCAAAAUUAUGCAAGCAUGGAGCAAAAGCUGCAUGCCACCGAGGAGCGUUUUACGUUCAAGGACGAGGAGAUGAUUCGGCUGUCGCACGAGAAUGUGGAACUGCAGCGAAAACAGCUGAUGCUGCAACAGCAGCUGGACCGCCUGCAGCAUUACGAGGCCAAGGCUUACCACAACAGCCAGGAGAGCAAAGCAGGCGAAAGACCAGUUAAUGAAGCUGAAGAAGUCCAUAAUCAUGAUCAUGAUCACGACAAUCAUGGUGAUCAUGCCGGCCAUUCACACAAUCAUUCACAAGAUCACUCACAUCAUCAUUCACACGAUCACUCACAUGAUCAUUCACACGAUCACUCACAUGAGCAUUCACACGAUCACUCAAAUGAGCAUUCCCACGAGCAUUCGCAGGAACCCAGCCAGGGGCACAAUCAUUUACAUGAUUCCAAUCAACCUUUAACAGUUGGCGGUAGCCUGCCCACCGCCGAGGCCGUGGAACGUCUGCAAUCGCGCUUCACCACCCUGAUCAGCCAAGUGGCCGACCUGACCGAGGAGAAGCAUAGCUUGGAGCAUCUGGUCCUGCAGCUGCAGAGUGAAACGGAAACCAUUGGAGAAUAUAUCGCCCUGUACCAGACGCAGCGACGCAUGCUCAAGCAGCGCGAGUACGAAAAGGCCGCCCAAAUGCGCCUUCUCCAAGCAGAGCGUGAACAGUUGCGCGAGAAGAUCGAUGCGCUGAACAAGUUGGUGGGUAGCCUAGGCGUGGAGCCGCCCCCAACAGAUCCCGGGCAGACCGUGCUACAACACGAAACAGCAGCAACAACAGCAGACUCUCCCGCCGCCGGCGAAGGCGAAAACUCGCAGCAGAUUAUUAAUAAGAUACAAGAUAUCAUCAGCGAGAUCAAGGAGAACACGGAGCAGCCGACACACAGUCAUGCCCAUGCCGGUGAUCAUCUCAACUGCUGCUUGGGCAAGUUCGAGGUGGUCUGAAAAGUCCACAGACUGCUCGCCAAGUGCAAUUAUCGCCUGCUUACGUAUAUCCAUUAAUCACUUUUGCUACUGUAUUUAAAUUUGUAAUUUGUAAACUUCUUACCCCACGUCUUUUGUAAAUGUUUCCAGCGCAUUGUGUCCGCGACUAAACCAUUUUUGUGCAUCUGAGACGAAUCUACUUGUGCCCCCAACUAAAACGUAUUAUUAAACAAUCGACAUGA